AUGCCUCCUUCUCACGACUCCUACAGCGACGACGACGCGUCGUCGUCGAGCAGCGCGUCCGACGCGUCGUUCCGCGAGGGCGCGUCCGUCGAGGCGCAGCGGCGCGAGGGCGGCAAGUGGCGCGCCGCGACGGUGCUGCACGUGUCGGAGAGCGGCGCGACCUAUGACCUCGACUUCGGGGAGCUCUACGGCCGCAAGGAGGGCGUGGCCAAGGCCCGCGUGCGCCGCGGGCCCGCGACGGACGCCGCGCCGCCGCCGCGCCGGAAGCCAAAGCCCGCGAAGCCGCCGCCGCCGCGCAUCGUCGAGAGCGCGCGGGGCCUCGACGCCGUCGACGACUUCCGCGGGGACCGCGACGCCGAGGACGCGCUGCGGAAGAGCCUCGGCUGGCUCGCGACGCGCGCGCGGCCCGCGGAUCUCGAGGACGCCAUCGCGGACCGCGGCGUCGACGACGUCGAGGGCCUCCACGACUGGGGCUGGCUCCACUACGCCGCCGCCGCGGGCAAGGACGAGCACGUGCGCAUCAUCCUGGACGCCGUGCGCCGGGCGACGCGCGACGACGACGGCGGCGGCGACGACGAGCGGCCCGCCGGCCCGCUCGACGCGAAGGAGUCGCUCGACGGGUGGACGCCGCUGCACUUGGCCGUCGUCGGCCGCCACGUCGCCGUCGUGCGCCUGCUGCUGAAGGCCGGCGCGCGCGCCGACGCCAAGGACAAGCACGGCGACGCGCCCCUCGCGUGCUGCGCCGCGGCGGGCGUCCGCGCGAAGCGCGUCCGCGCGCUCCUCCG